AUGCCGCAUACUCCUGCUGUCAGCUUGAAGCGCGGACGAUCCAUGAGCCCAAGCGUACUCCCCGAGACUGUCGUGCCGUUGAAGCGUCGACGCCACUCCACCGUCCCGCUAGAGUCAAGGGUCGAACCUGCCGACGUCUUUCGACGCUCUGACGAAUUUUGGCUCGACGAUGGAAAUAUUCUGCUCCAAGCAGAAGAUCUGCGCUUCAAGGUCCAUCGCUCCGUGAUCAUGAUGCACUCGAGUUUCCUCAAGAACGCCAUCGUCCGCCUGAAAAUCAAGCCCAAUGACCCUCGGCCUAUUCGUCUCGAGCGAACGGCAAAAGAGGUCGAACACAUGAUCCGAGCGAUAUACUGCACCGGCAGUUACUUCAAUCGUCGGCAACCGAUGACGGUGGAGGCGCUCUCGGCCCUCCUCCGCACGGGUACCGCAUACGAUAUACCUGUUCUGCACCGCGAAGCCGUCCAGCGCUUGCAGCUCAGCUUCCCCUCCCACCUCGCCGGCUUCGAUCGCGCGCUCGCCGAAAAGACGGCGUCCACUCUCAUCGUCCCGUAUAGGGGCUUCUUCUUCGACCUCAUCAACCUCGCGCAUGAGGCAAAGGUUCCGUCCGUACUCCCCGCGCUCUACUAUCUCGGCUGCAAGAAGCUGAACGGCCUCCUAUACGGUUACCCACGCCCAGACGGCACCGUCGCCCGCCUCCUCCCUGCGCUACUCCCAGCCGCGAUCGCGGGCCGUGCUGCGUUUCUCCGGACGCAGGCGGCACGUUCCUUCACAUGGCUCUUUGACACCUACGACGACAUCCCGGACUGCGUCGAGGACUUUUGCGCCGACUCCCGUCGGGAGGUGCUAAGACGCAUCUUGCCCGCGAUUCCAGACACAGUAAUGGGACUCUCGCGUUGGGUGAUGCCACCUGCCCCACUCUGCGACGAAUGUGUCAGGCGGGCGAAGGAAGUGCAUGAAGGCGAACGUCAAAAACUGUGGGAGCAGCUACCCACUCUUCUUGGUAUGGCGCCCUGGGAUCGACUGAGGGAACAGGAAAAUUGAUUCAAAAAAUGGUGUUCAACUCACGACGCCUAGCAAAAAUGACUUGCUCUCGAUAAUCUGCUGUACUCUUCUAUCGUUGUAAAUCGG